CCUCUUUCUUCUGGGAAACAGCCCAUUCUACAAACAGAGGUGCCUCUGCUUUGAUUUCCCCCACCAGCUUGCCUGACAAUGUGCAAAUAUCUUAGGAGCCACUGACUUUCUUGGGGCUUCAUUCACUCUGGAAUGGAAGGCAUGACUGGGGAUGCAGGCCAAAGAGGCUGGGGUACAGGCCAGGGAGGCCAGACACAGGCCAGGCAUCACCAGGAAGCCUUGGGUAUAGGAGGGGCCCAAGGAAUUGCCUGGUGCCAGGACUGUGGGCCAAGGGCCCGUACCGUUGAGGAGGGCCCCUACUGCCUGCUACAGGGAAUCGGAAGGCGGAAAGACCUGGAGCGCCUGUGGCAGCAGCACACCUUCCUGCGCUGGGCACCCUGUGAACUGGAGUUGCGCCAGCCGCGGCCCCUUGAAUCCUCCUACCAGGCUGAUUUCCGGUCAGGGCCAGGACUCAGUGACCUCCCCCAGCACCUUGUCCACUUUGUGCAGAUCCAGCAUCCCCGUGCCAGCACCACCUACCAGCAGAACUUCUGCCAGCCAUCCUGUGGUGGCCAUUGUGGCAGUGAAAACAUGGGGCCCCAGGCCCCAGUCACCAAAACACUGCCUGACCUCCGAGGGAUCCCAAGACCCAAGCUGCUGCAGCAUUACCUUCAUGCUGGGGUCUCUGAGUAUCUAAACUGGUCCAGAACAUUAAACAAGGACAGCUAA